AUGCCGUCUGGAUCUUUGCAAUUUGCCGGCGACGAACAGUCAAAUGGGACAAAAGUUCCCAAAGACAGACUCACGAUGCUUCAGUUCACAAACAUGGACGGCAGUGAAAAGCAAUCUGUAGUUGUUGGUAAAUCGGCAAAACCACGCUGCUUUAAAAAUGUCAAAACUCUGCCGUUUUCUUACUUCGCUAAUCGUAAAGCCUGGAUGACUAGUCAGCUGUUUACUGACGUUAUGAAAACGCUUGAUCGAAAAAUGAUUGCUCAAAAUCGAAAGAUUAUUCUGUUUUUGGACAAUGCAACUUGUCAUAACUUACUGCCGGGUACAAAUCUGUCAAACAUCAAAUUGUCAUUCAUGCCACCAAACACCACCAGUCUCAUUCAACCUUUGGAUCAAGGCAUCACUCGUUCAUUCAAAGCGUAUUAUCGUCGGGAACUUGUUCGAAUGCAAAUCGCAGCGAUCGAUGCUACACCGCCAGUGCCGCUGUCCGAGGUGGCCAAGCAGAUAACUGUUUUGAAGGCCAUGCACAUGCUGAAGCGAGCACUUUUCAUGGUAAAACCGUCAACAAUUCAAAAUUGUUUUAAAAAGGCCGGCUUUGUCAUUGAAUCACAGGCUGAAGUGGAAGAAAUACUCGACGAAAAUGAUCAAGAUUCUCCACCAUCGGGCAUGGAGCAAACAGAUUUUGACGAAUUUAUCAGCUUCGACGAUCGUAUGCUUUAUGGAGAACUGACUGACACGGACAUCACACGUGGUAUAAAAUCGGAUGAUCAAGAUUUUGACGAAGAUGAUGAUGCCGAAAGCGUAAGUUCUGAAGUUUCUGAAAGUGACAAACCAUCGCCAAAUUCUCUGGCUGCAUUGAAUGCGCUUGAAACUCUGACAGACUACUUUGAAGCAAAAAGCAGUAAUCCUGAUGGCGCAUUGAAAAUGUAUGAAAGUGUUUAUGAUGUUAACUAA